GUUCAUAGAACAACUUUGAAUUCGGUGUUCUGAGCUCUAAAAUGGGACGUUCCAGUUUUUUAGCUUUGAGUGGAACUUUCAACAACUCUAAAAAAAGUAUUCCUGAUAAUUUCAUAUAAAAAGGGUUCUUAAAGGAAAUAAAAUUGUACAUCAUUAAUGGCAGAAGGCAAUAUAGUAGAAGACGUAACAGACUUUUAUCAAACAACUACAAAUAAGGAGAACAGUGCGAAUGACAUUUAUUGUAAUUUUCUUCAACAAAAUCAAAUUAAUAAAUCUGAAGACGGUGCAGCAGCUUGUAAUGCAACGUGGGAUGGCUUGACAUGUUGGCCGAUUACACUAGCAGGGAGUACAGCCUCUGUGUCAUGCUUUCCUGAAUUCAAUGGAGUAAAGUACGAUGUAAGUGGAAAUGCAAGUCGUGAAUGCUUGUUUAAUGCAAGCUGGUCCUCGUGGUCAAAUUACAGAUCUUGUAAACCCAUUAAGCUGGUUGAAGAAGAAUACUUGCAAGUGCUAUGGGAUAUGCGGGAUGCAGUAACUGUGUACUAUGUUGGAUAUGGUUUUUCCCUAGUGGCUCUUACUAUAGCUUUAUGGAUAUUUUUAUAUUUUAAAGAGUUGAGAUGCUUACGUAACACAAUUCAUGCCAAUCUUAUUUUCACAUACAUCCUGUUGGAUGUAAUUUGGAUAUUAACAGCCAAAUUACAGUCCAGUCAAAAUUACAUUUCAAGCAGAAUUGCGUGUUUUUUAACAAUCUUUUUGACAUAUCUGAUGGGAACCAAUUUCUUCUGGAUGUUUGUUGAAGGCCUGUACCUCUUCAUCUUAGUCGUUAAAACAUUUUCCGUUGAUAAUGUGAAAAUUUACAUCUACUCACUGGUUGGAUGGGUUAUUCCGGCUAUAAUUGUAGCGAUUUGGGCAGGUGUGAAAGGACAACUCGGUUAUACUAUAGAAGAUGCUCUAGCACCACAGGGAUGCCCCUGGCAGAAACGUGAUCUUUAUGAUUACAUAUUCAUUUGCCCAGUUAUUUCCGUUUUGCUGGUGAAUAUAAUUUUUCUUGGGAAAAUAAUGUGGGUAUUGAUUACUAAAUUAAGAGUGACUACAUCAGUUGAAUCAGAGCAAUACAGGAAAGCAGCUAAAGCUUUGUUAGUGCUGAUUCCGUUACUCGGAGUGACUUACAUACUGGUCAUAGCAACACCUAGUCACAGAACAGGAGAAGUUGUUUUUACAUUUAUACAAGCUACUUUACUGUCCAUACAGGGCUUUAUAGUCGCUGUUUUGUAUUGUUUUUUAAAUGGGGAAGUUCAGAAUUCAUUGAGAAAUCGUUUAGAGAGAUGGAGAAUUCGUCGAGGGAUCAACACACAGCCAAAUCAAUCUUUCAGUUUUAGAUCAUCACCACAAGAGAACUUCUAUCGAAACAUACCCAGGGGAAGUUGCAUUAGUUUCUCAACUUCGAUGUCAUUCGUCAAUCGCUCACCUUCUGUUCCAGCCAUCAAUAAAAUGGAUGCAUAUUUAUCUCCUCCUGAAUCCCUACCCAUGAAAGACGACAUCGUUUGAGAAAUGAUCAAUAAUGCGUAUGAAUGGUCAAAAGGAUACAGGGACAUAUUGCCAAAGAUAAUAUUCAUUUUGAAAUGCUCACCAAUGUUUUACAUGUCUGUCAAUGUAGAUUAGAUUUAUGUACAUUUUGUUCCAAUAAAUUAUCAAAUAAGUGUUC